CGUGAAUCACAUAUAAAUACGACUGCCAGUUUCGCAUUUUCUUCAUUCGGCAUCGCAGAGUUCGCCAUCGAGUAAAUUAUCUGCUGAAUCGUCAUGAAGUACACGAUCCUCUUACUGUUGGCAUUUGUGAUGGGAUGCACCGCCCAGAGAGCCAUGUAUUCCCCCGAUAGGUAUCCGGUUUUUCCCGUGCGUUUCACGCUGCCACGGUACCCGCACAGUGCUGGUCGAUUCCCCAACACACAGACUGUCGGCGAUCAAUUUCAAUGUGAAAAGGAGUUGCAAAAGAUGAGCCAGCAGUUGACUGACACGAAUGACGCGAUUGAAAAUUUGAAAAAGCAGCUGAAGGUCGAGAAUGAGCAACUCAAAAAAGAAUUGGCCGAUAUGAAAAAAAAUUCUGGGGGAAAUGUUCAAGUUUCAGAAUUUAAAAAGCAAUUGGAUGAAACGACAGUCACUGUUGACACUUCCACCAGUGAAAUUUUGAAAAAGGAGCUGAAUGCCGAGAAUGAGCAAAUCAGAAAGGAGUUGGAAGACUUGAAGAAAACUGUAAACGAAAACAUGGAAGAAACAAAAUUCAAAUUUGUCGCAAUGGAUGAACGAUUAUUCGCAACCGAAAUUAAUUUAACGGAAUCGAGUCAAAAACUUGCCUUCAUGGAGUUAGCGGUUGUGGGUCAGUCUCAAGUGCAGGAAUCGCUCUCGUUGAGCGUUGACCAAUUGAGUAAAGACUAUACUACUAAAUAUGAGGGUAUGUUGAACCAAAUGGCGGCAGAUACCAAUCAACUAUAUUUUGACUUACAGAGUAGAUUGAAAGAAACCGAUAUGACAUUAAAGGAAACCGUGAAUAAAUUUGAAGAACUGACAACCAAGUUUGAAGCUUUUUUUGCAGAGAUUCAAACUGGCAAAAAUUCAGGCAAAAUUGAUUUAGUAUCUGGAAAAUUGGGGGAAAGGAAUUCAGCCAUCGAAAAUUUGAGGACGGAUUUCGAGGAAACUAAGCAAAACUUGGCGGACACAAAUUCAGCACUUAAAAUAUUGCAAGAAGAUUUCAGAGUUAGAGGACUUCCCAAAUCCAUCGGUAAAAUGCCGACAUCCUGUGCUGAUCUCAAACAAAUCGGAUACUUAAAAAGCGGAGUGUACUCCGUCAUGGGCGGAAAAAAUGUCCUAAACGUCUACUGCGAUUUCACGGUCGACGACAAAAAAAUGGAGAAGCUGAUCGGACCACCGUCCAAUUGAGA